CAUUAAAAAAAAAAAAAAAAAAAAAAAAAAAAAAACAAUUGUAAGAAUAAAAAGUUUGCAAGGUCCUGUAUUGCAGUAAGUGGUGGUGGACAACAGUGUGAAAGUUUGUGUUUUAUCUCUUCAUAAUUUACUUAUGCAUACAUUUUGUAUUUAGCACUAUGAAAGUUGAUAGCAAGUUUUUUGCAUGCAGGUCGUGCUGCUAUAAAACCAGGACAUUUUUUAAUUUGACAAAUCAUUACACAAAUGUACACUCCUCAGAACCAGGAUAUAGAAUUGAAUGUGAACUUGAUGGCUGUUCUAGAUCAUACAAAUCUGUAAAGUAUCUACUAAGACACAUUCGUUCACAUCACGCACUAUUAUAUAAUUGCCAUCUUAAUAGAGUGAGGGGGAAGUUUAAAGUUUGUGAUGAUUCCUUACCUGAUCCAGAGAUUAGGAUUUGUAUGCAGAGUGAAGCUGGUGAUGAUUGUGUGGAAAUGAUAACUGACGAAGGAAACGAAUGUGCUUCAUCACAUUUAAAUAUCAAUUGCACCCAUGAAAUUGUUACUAGGCUUUUAGCACUGAGAGAGAAGUUGCUCCCUUCUCUAGUUAUUAAAGACUUCACUGAACAUUUGCAAGACCUUUUGGCUUUGCAGCACACUCACACUAUGAAUAAGGUAAUAAGUAAACUUAAAGAGGAUGGAAUUGAUCCCAAAACGUUAAAUGAUCUCAUCAAUUCCUCAUCACCUGCAGGCUUUGUGUGUUUAAUAUUGAACACCCCAAAAAUUGUGAACAUUUCCUCCGUUUCACAACAUCCCAUCUCUUAGGUAUCAAGUAUGACAAAGGUAACACUUUCAAAAACAUCUCUACUUGUAAAACUCAAUGAAGUAAAGACAGAAUUGACCUACAAAAAUGCAGAAAUCUCAUUCCAAAUAUAUUCAACUCCACAUAUAAUGCCUCUCUCUCUCUCUCUCUCUCUCUCUCUCUCUCUCUCUCUCUCUCUCUCUCUCUCUCUCUCUCUCUCUCUCUCUCUCUCUCUCUCUCUCUCUCUCUCUCUCUAAAUUGGGUAGUAUUGUUCGUGUACCAUAUGAUGCAUAUAUUUUUAUUUUUUAUGCAUUUUUUACUUUUUUUUUUUUUUGUAUAUUUUAUUUGUGUGUUAUUGCAAGUGAUAGGUGAAGCUUCUUUAUUACUGUUGUGAGCAUUUCUGUAGAUUUGUUUAGUUAGUAUAUCCCAUAGAAAUACUCAUUUUCUUUUUUUGUGUUGGUUUAAAGGAUUAAUGGUGACAUAUGGAUAUGAUCUGGGUUAAAAGCUUGUACAAAGAAGGUUAAAUGUCUAUUUUUACACUGGUUGUUUCCCUAAAAGUAGUGUGAUAUAAUGAUUAGCAGUGGACUAAUUAAUUAUUCUUUACAGGCUCUGCAACUCCUUACAUUUCAUUUAUGUUAACUUGACUUACAUAUUUUUUCCUUUAGUUUAUGAAUGGGAGGAAGGUUUAAUAUUCAUAUCUUAAGAGAUGCUUACUUUCUUUUCCACAUUGCAAGUUGUAGUGAUUAAUACUCACAAAUGUCUAUUAUUUACUUAAUGGCUUGUCAAAACAGGUGCUUUUUGUGAUGAUUUAUUUAUUUAUUUUUUCUCAUACUAGGAUGAAGUGUUACUAAUGGUGCUUAUUGUUUACAUCUGUGUUUUAUAUAUCAUUACAGUUUUGAGGGGAGCUUUCUGUUAAAUGUUCAAGUCAAAACCAUAUUAUACUAUACAUGAUAACAAUUAUAGUGUUUUUUUUUUUUUUUUAAUGCAAUGAAAUGGAGGGAACAUUUAAUUGUAUAUGAAUAUAUUGAAUUUGUUA